CCUCGUCCAUACAAAUGCCCAAUGUGCUCAAAGGCAUUUUAUCGACUGGAGCACCAAACCCGUCAUAUCCGGACCCACACGGGUGAAAAGCCUCAUUUAUGCACGUUCCCUGGUUGCGCCAAACGCUUUUCUCGGAGUGACGAACUGACUCGCCAUGUUCGAAUUCAU